AUGCCCGCGGCGCCGACGUCGGACAUCUCGCUGUGGCACGACGUCGACCUGCACGCGAGGACGUGGCUCGACGAGGACACUGGACUCUUUCACUAUAUCAACGAGAUCCCUCUCGGCACGCUGGACAAGCACGAGGUGCAGCCAGGGGAGCCCUACAACAGGAUCGUGGAGGACCCCGUGGGGUCCGCGCGGCUCAGGGCCUUCGGGCGGCCCGUACCCUUCAACUACGGCUGCUUCCCGCAGACGUACCGUGACCCGGAGGAGAUCGACGAGCUCCAUGGUGCCCCGGGAGACGACGACCCGUUGGACGUCCUGGACGUCAGCGGCCACUCGGUGGGCGUCGGGGCCAUCGUCGAGUGCCGCAUCCUGGGGGCCGUAUGCCUCGUUGACGAGGGCGAGGCCGACUGGAAGGUGUUCGUCGUGAAUACCAAGGCGGGGCCGCUGUCGCACGCGAAGUCCAUCGAGGACGUCGAGGACGUGGCUCCAGGGCGCAUUCAGGAGAUGCUCGGGUGGAUGGAGGACUUCAAGCACAGCACGGGGAAGGACACCGCCACGUUGCACUACAAGGUGCACGACGCCGAGUGGGCCAAAGCUCUGGUCGAGCGAGAUCACGCUUCCUGGCGCCGUCUCGUGACUGAGGCGGACGCGGAUGGCAAAGCGAGGGGGCAUUGGAUCCGGCCUGCGGGGUCUGUGGGAGCGCACUGGGGCAAGCAGUUCGCCAAGCUGCUGUCGGCGCGCAUCCCCAAGGUGGCCGAGGUGGUGAACCGCACAGCCAGCCAGAGGGUGCUGGUGGAGUGA